AUGUCUGACGCAGGAGAUGAGAUCAAUGUCGAGGAGGCGGCCCCCGAGGUCGAGGAAUCCUCCACCGCCCCCAAGGGAAAACUCUCCGUUGAGGAGGCUCUUCAGCAAGUCCUGAAGAUUUCCCUCGUGCACGACGGUCUCGCUCGUGGCCUCCGCGAGUGCGCAAAGGCUUUGGACCGUCGCCAGGCCCACCUCUGCGUCCUCGUCGAGACCUGUACCGAGGCAGAGUACAUCAAGCUUAUCGAGGCUCUCUGCGCUACCCACAAAAUCCCCCUCAUCAAGGUCGGAGACGCGAAGAUCCUCGGGACCUGGGCCGGACUUUGCAAGAUCGACAGGGAGGGCAACCCGCGUAAGAUCGUUGGGUGCUCGUGUGUCGUCGUUAAGGAGUACGGCACGGAGACGGAGGGGAGGCACGUUCUUGAGGACUACUUCAAGAGCCGUUGA